AUGCAGCAAGCUCCCCUCCGACUGUCCCAGACACUAUGGUCCGCUUUUCGUGCCGCGAAGCCCGUCCACCGAUCCCUCGCUUCCCCUCGUCAAUUCUCCUCAGUGGUGCGUGCAAAUACGCAGCCAUGGACUCACCAACCGCCGCGGAUAGCUGUUCAAGCUCGGUUUUAUAGCGAGAAGAAGUCGGAUAUCAGUCGAGAGAUAGAAGAUGCAAAGGACCGAAUAGACGAGAGCCUGGACUCGAGAGCAGAUGCAGCGGCGCAGAUGCCACACAAGCUCAAGCACCAUCAAGAUGAAACGAUUGUCCACACUAUUCCCGAGUCCUCCUCAAUAGUACAUGCCUCCAAAUCUGAAGAACACAAGGCCCCCGAUAAACCGAGACCUGCGCCGUCGUCCAAUUCUUCCCGUCAGCCCCUCCCGUCCGCCAUCUCCUCCCGCUACACAGACCUUCAACAACGCUUCGCCCAUUUCAUGGACAACUUCCAAACCCACGUCUUUACGGCCUCUCGUCGCCUCAAUGACCUGACAGGCUACUCGGGAAUCGAAGCGUUAAAGACGGACAUAGAACGACAAGAAGCUGUGGUCCAGGAAUGUCGUGCAGCAGUGAAGGACGCCCGGGAGCGGUACAGUGAUGCAAUCGCUCAGCGUAGUACUACGCAACGUGAGGUCAAUGACUUGCUACAUCGAAAGCAUACCUGGUCGCCUGCGGAUUUGGAGAGAUUUACCACUCUUUACCGAUCAGACCACGCUAACGAACAAGCCGAAUCUGCCGCCCAAAAGGAAGUCAGCGACGCAGAAGCCCGGUAUGAGGAAGCCUCCACAAAGCUUGCCAAGGCGAUCUUGGCCCGAUACCAUGAAGAACAAAUUUGGAGUGAUAAAAUAAGGCAGAUGUCCACGUGGGGUACGUGGGGAUUGAUGGGAAUCAACGUGCUGCUGUUCCUCAUCUUCCAGGUCGUCUUGGAGCCUUGGCGGAGGAAACGCUUGGUGAAAGGCUUCGAAGAGAAGGUGGAGUUGGCACUGAAGGAACGGGUUGGAGAGCCCCAGAUGGCAGCGGUACAGCCGAAUCAGAGCAUGGCGGAAGCUGCAACGAGCAUGACAGCAGGCGAAAAAGUCGAGGCGGUGGCAGACAACAUUGCUGAACAGAUCGUGGAUGCUGUGACAGGUUCUACAUCAGACGAGAAAGCUCCAACGCCGCCACCAUUAUCGAACAUCGAGGCAGCCGCCGAAAUCGUCACGGCACGCGAAAUCGAGGCCGAAGAGACGAUCACCACGCCUGCUGCAGGCGCUUCGGAUGGCGCUCUAUCAUCCUCGGUCCUCGCCGACGUGACGCCGUCACAGCAGCCCGCCAGUCAGGGGCUCUCCCGCUGGACAUCACCCGAGUCCUGGCUCGCUGGGUACGAAGAUUCGCUGAGGGCGCUGUUCAGCGACGACCACAAGAUCCUGGUGUCGCAGCGGGACUUGACCACCGUGGCCAUGGAAGGUGUCGCCGGCGGCAUGGCCAUCAUGGGCCUCCUGUUUGUGCUCCUCCGGCCGCGGUAG